AUGGAUGCCGCACGAUCUGCUCCAAAUCUCAGGGAGACCGGCAUCUGUGACUUGCCCUACGACAUUCUAUUCGAGCUUGUGCACUAUCUGGCUGCACAAGACAUGUCAUAUCUGCUCAGCACCUGCAGAACACUGCACAAGUAUCUGCAUGAAAUAUCCUUGUGGCAGCAUUUCUCUGCGAGGUAUGGCUUGCGGGAUUUGAGUCACUUCCACGGGCUAUCCUUCUACACCGUGUACACACAGCUCCUUCACGCGUAUGCGCCUCUGUGUGGGCUCUGGGCAAGCGAUCAUCCCUAUCGAGGCAAUAUUAUGGAGUUCCGUCUCACAGUCGACGAGGACUAUGCGGGGAUUGUCGGAGAGAGCUGGGUCUUUCCCGAUUCUUCAUCCCCCGACACACGUUUACUCCGCCCACAAUACAUGCCUGUGGUCACCAUCGGUUUCCAGCCACCGCCAAGAUGCAUGGCGGACAAGGGAUCGAACGGAUCCGGGACCGUUUCGGUAUACUGCGAUCUAGCGCACCCAUCGAAUGCAGACAUAGAUUCCUGCCAUUUGUCUCGUAUAGAAGUCUUGUCUUCUACUCAAGAUGGCUACUUUAUGCAGAAUUACCGUCGGUCAUUCCCGCAUCCCGACUUUCCAUGGGAGGGCGCGAGUUGGUAUGAGGGCGAACGCGGGAUGCCCCGCUUGAAGAUCUCCACCCCAGUGUCUGUUGAUCAGCACGAGCUCGUCCGCAUCUAUCCUGCUGUCCGCCUACCCCUCGUCUUCAGCACGCCCACAAAGCAUCUCAAACCUCCCGCGAUCUCCAUCACAUGCCCACAUAAAGAUUUCCGGGGUAGCUUCGAGCCACCUAUACCCUUUGAGGACCUCACCCCCGCGCCUCCGCGAUAUUAUCCAUUGAAGUGCGAAAUUCGCAUUGGCAUCGAUCCCGAAAGCGACGAGUGGAAGCCUGAGUCACUUGUAGGGCUCUGGAUUGGCGACUACGGGCCGAAUGGUUUGGAGGUCUUGUACCUGUCCUGGCAUCCUGAUGCCAUGGAGGUCCACGCGCAUAAGAUCACCGGAGAUAUUCACGUUCCCCGUGUCCUCCGAGGGAGUUGUUCACUUGGGCUUCGAUAUACCUGCUCGGCGAGUGUUUGCGGGGGCGGGCACGGUCAGUGA